GCUGCCAGGAAUCGUGUUCCUGACAUUUAUAUGUGCCUGAUUUCGACGCCGAGGAAAUACAUAAAGCAAAUCGGCCUGUGAAGGCUUUAUAUAACUACAAUAUAGGUAGGUCUAAAUCGGAGUGAUAACUUCAUAUCAAUCCGUUAUUUCGUCAUAUCGUCCAGCCCUAAAACUUGUAAUAUUUUUUGUCAGUGUUUAUUUAAAAGCACCCAAUUAUGCAGAAUAUAAGAUGGUAAAUAUUUAAUUGAUGAGUUGUCAACACAAUAUAUAACAAUAUAAUAUAAAUGGUAUGAUUUUACACCAAAAUCCAACAUUUUGACACAAAAUGAUAGCUGCAAAACAUUUCUUUGCAUGGAGUCCAGCUUUUCUGUGAAUUGCAGUGACCCAUUUGUUUCUUUUUUUUCUGUAACUUUAAGCAGUCUGAAAGAAAUAUACCUCAGAUUUUGUGUAAAAGCUAUCUGUACAGUCAGUCGCAAAGCUCUUUCCCGUUUUGGGUGUGUUUUGUGUGUUUUUCGCGGCAUUCACGCUGAAAACCAAUGAUGCACUCAGUCUUUUGCCACUCAGUGGGCAUAACCGCAGGCAUAACGGCGACAGCGACAUCACGUGCAUACCCUCUAUUUUAAAAAGUGAGCUGUGAGUCCAAUACAAAGUCGAGAAAUUAUCGCGUCAUGCCUUCUUUUGCCACAAACUUUUCUCACAUUUCCUACUUCUUUUUUUAUUUCAAAUAAGUCUUCUUUCCUUCCUGUGUCCACAACUCUUGCCAUCUCUUCUUAAUUAUCUUUUUAAUUCAUAUUCAUUUCAGCUUUACCCAGAGGAACAUUAACAUUUAUUCUUGUAUACUUUAAAGGGGACAUCGGAUGCAAAAUUCACUUUUUCAUGGUGUUUAUAAACACAAAUGUGUGUUGGCAGUGUGUCUACACAACCACCCUAUAAUGAUAAAAAUCCACCCAGUGUGUUUUUUUAAUCCCCACAAAUCAUAAGCAUUUUGUCAGAUCAAGCCAUUCUCAGAUUCUUGGCAAAGUGAUGUAAUUUUGCACAGGCCCCGCCCACGACUGUUGCCCUGAGUGUGCUGUAAACAGACAGUCCGCCAUUGUUUCGACGCUGGAGCAGGUGUAGACAAGAAUGCCUCCUAAGCGACUGAGGUGUUUUGUUGUUGGCUGUAAGAAUGAACAUAGCAGCCAUUAUUUACUCCCGACAUCUGAGCCGCUGAAGACGCAGUGGAUUAACUUUGUUUUUGAAGGGAAUGCGCCCCCGGGUCUACCUAAAUAUGUUUAUGUUUGCGCAAAUCACUUUACACCAGACAGCUUUCUGAACAAGGGACAGUACAAGGCAGGUUUUGCUAAAAAGUUGUACCUGAAGAAUGGAUCGGUACCAUCCAUACGUGAUGCAGCUUCACCUCCAGAAACAAGCGCAUCUGAAGAAUUGACUAAGAUGCAUCAUGUGGCCUGCCAGACGGACACACCACAAUUGUGCACAGUUGGCACCCAGCUGUCAAUAAAAACUCUACGUCCUCACUACAAAAGCACAGGCACACAGACAACUAUGUCAUGGCCUGAUAUUGGUCUUGGCUCCUCACAAACACUGCUGUCAUCAACACCAAUAAAGAAGCCAAUUAAGAGACCACGUUUGGAGCUGGAGGAGGAAGAGGAGGACCCUUUUGGAGGCAGCUCAAGAGCGAAUGUCGAACAGCCAUUGGAUUCUAUAUAUGAUCCUGCAGACUCUGUCACAACUUUGACUGAGCCAACAGAUGUGACAAUGGGAUCUUCCAAGUCGGCUCAUAAGACAGCAACAUAUAUUGUUUAUGAAAACUGCCUUCUGGAGCUCUUUGAGCAGUGCCCUGUGUGUCAGCGAGUUUCAGAUGUGCGGACAAGACGGGUUGGCACAUUCCUCUCUGUGGAACAACGGUGCCCACACUGUGAGUUCUUUAGAAAAUGGAAUAGUCAGCCAAUUCUUGGAAGCACUCCUGCAGGGAACCUCCAGCUUUCGGUUGCAGUUUAUGCCACUGGUGCAUCUUUCUUCAAACUUGAAAAGAUCUUUCGGGCAAUGCAACUAAAGAUUAUGCACUAUGACACCUUUCGACAACAUGCCCGGAGGUACAUAGAACCGGCAAUUGUACAUAGCUGGAAGACGGCACAGGAUGGCAUGUUGCAGCAGCUCAGCCAACAACAGAACAUUGUCCUAGUAGGUGACUUGAGGGCUGUCUCACCAGGUCAUUCUGCCAAGUUUGGAAGUUACUCUGUGAUGGACCUAAGGACCAGCAAUAUUAUUGAUCUGCAGCUAGUUCAAAGUAAUGAAGUCGGAGGGAGCAACUAUAUGGAGAAAGAGGGUCUGAAGAGGAGCCUUGAUCUCUUGAGGGCACACGGUGUGACUUUCGAUAGUAUUGUCACAGACCGGCACCCUCAAGUACAGAAAUUUCUGCGGGAGGCCAACAUCACGCAUUAUUACGAUGUAUGGCACAUCGAAAAAGGACUGUCCAAGAAACUGCUGAAGAUUUCUCAGAGCAAAGAUUGUGAGAAACUGCAAAAGUGGCUUCGCAGUAUCAAAAACCAUAUAUAUUGGACAGCAGCUUCUUCGUCGUCAGCGCAAGAGCGAGUGGCAAAGUGGACUUCAAUUCUUAAUCACGUACAAGACAUUCACACACAUGAAGAUCCUGUUUUUCCACAGUGUUUACAUCCACAAUGCACUUCAAGGGAUAAGAGCAAGUGGUUGAGAGCUGGAACACCUGCCUUCUGUAGAUUAGAGAAGGUGCUCACAAACAAGAGGAUUCUGAAGGAUGUUCAGAAGCUGAGCCCUCACCAUCAGACCUCGUCACUGGAGGCAUUCCAUAGCAUUAUUCUACGUUUCGCACCCAAUAAUGUUGUCUUUAGUUUUCUUGGAAUGUUAUGCAGACUCUACCUAGCAGCCCUUCAUUUUAAUGAAAAUGCUGGGCGCCCCCAAGCAACAACAGCAGCUGGUGAACCACAAUUUAAGGUCAACUUUCCAAAGUACAAGAAAGGACAAUGCACUGCAAAGCCAGUGAAAGCAGAUCCAACCUUCCACUAUGUGGAAAACCUGUUGAACCUUAUCUUUGAGAAAGUUGUUAUGGACCCAACACCAUAUGUGGAUGAGGUGCUGCAGAUCUGCAUACCUGAGGAUCUCACAGCCCAGUUUCAGAAACCAGACAAGCUGGACGUGAUAUCCAGCUAUGUUUAAUCAAGAGCAGUUCUGAACCCAACAUACCUUCCAUGAACAUCAGGGAACUCUGCUCUUAUUCGUAGCACCACACAGGAGGGCAGCACCACCCUGAUUCUCCGGCCCAGAAAGCCCCAACACCAGCUGACAAACAUUCUGUUGGCCAAAAACCUGUAACAGCUGAGACAAAAAAAAAGAUUACACUGUACAGUGACCCAAAAGGAACGGUAUUUUUGUUUUGCUCCUCAGUCAUUUACAUUGCAAUAAAUACUGAAAUGCAUGAAAAAACAA